GCGCGCGCGGCACGCGCCAACUUUUGUCCCUCGGUCGAAGACACGUGAAUGCCAACCACGUGGUCCGGUGCGUGACACAAAAACUGGAGUUGGUCGCGGGAGUGCCGUCCAGGUGCUUCGUAAAAAACAGUGACAGAUUCAAAUCGCGAUCGCGACGGGACUCCGGGUUUUCGCAAUCCGCAGCCGUGGACACGAGAACAACCGUCAACCUGGAGCCCACGUGCCAGAAACGACGGAAAUGUGAGGCUGAUGGGAAGGAGGCAAAGGCGGAACUGACGGCGCAACGCAAUAUGUUCCCUAGCGCUCAAAUUAAAAUGAGAUUGUUGUCGCCAAGCAGUUCGCCGGCUACCUCGCCCACGAUGUCGAAUUCUUCGUCGCCAACACCAACCACACCGGCGACUCCAGCUUACAACCAGAAAAUGACUGGUAUUCCUUGCGUAGCGGCAGCUUCGAGGUACACCGCACCGGUACACAUUGAUGUAGGUGGCACAAUAUACACAUCCUCGCUCGAGACUCUAACAAAGUAUCCAGAAUCCAGGUUAGCAAAAUUAUUUAACGGCAGCAUCCCGAUCGUUUUGGAUUCGUUAAAACAACAUUACUUCAUAGACAGAGACGGCGGUAUGUUCCGACACAUAUUAAAUUUUAUGCGAAAUUCUCGGCUGCUGAUACCGGACAACUUCGCCGAUCUAGAUUUGCUGCUGGAGGAAGCGCGAUACUUCGAUAUAGCACCGAUGUGCAAGCAACUUGAGCAGAUGAAAAAGGAACGCAUAAAGAACGGCUCGACGACGACGAUAACCGCGUCCUCACCGAGCCCGCCGCCUUCCGGUCAGCUCGGCGGUCGCGGAACCGCGUGUACCACCGCGCCCUGCAACCGCGACUCCGAAAAAAUGCGCGGCAACGACAGCAACUGCACGUACGAAUGCGUGGCGUUACACGUGAGUCCGGAUCUGGGCGAGCGAGUAAUGCUGUCGGGUGGGCGGGCGUUGUUGGACGAGGUGUUCCCGGAGACGACGCAAGCGGUGAUCGACGCACGCUCCGGCGUCGCCUGGCACCAACAGGACGCCCGUCACGUGAUCCGAUUUCCGUUGAACGGCUACUGCAAACUGAACUCGGUUCAAGCGAUCACCCGGCUGCUGAACGCCGGUUUCCGGGUGGUCGCGAGCAACGGCGGCGGCGUUGAGGGCCAGCAGUUCUCGGAGUACCUGUUCGUCAGACAGGCCGUCAACACCUGACGUAGCACGGCGCAUCAUCAGCGCAAAUCGAUCUCGCGAUCGAUUCGCUGCGUGCAGCGCGACUACGAUCCGGAGUGAUCGCGAAUAUCAGGAAAAAAAAUCUCCCUCUUAAGACUGCAUCGCGGAAUAAUAUAACACUACGCACUGACGAGAACGGACGGAGCAUUUUGAUAUCAAGAACAGAGAGAAGACAACCGUAUCCGUGACCUGAUACCAAAAUAUAAUGUAACGGAUACGAUAUGUCAUUCGCAAACAAAUUGUAUCGCAUUUUUUGACGCUUUAUCUAUAAUACGUUAAACACACAUCUCGAUAAAGCGAGAUAACUCUGAAAAACUUUUCAAGUGUGUGAAUCAAGUUUUACAAUCUACGGAUUAUUUUAAGAAACUAGCUGCUUGAAAUGGCAAUAAUUUUGUGUUUUCGUUCGUAAAUUGCAGCUAAAAUUGUUUACGUGAUGACUUUCUGAUGUCAUUAUCCGAAACGACUGACGAAGCGCGGAGAAUAUUCCGUCGGCAAAGUGCAUGUUAUUGAUACAGCGUCGCAAAAUUAUUUAAUUUAUAUACUUAUUUACAUAUAAAAACCUUUUACUUAUUUAUACAAAAUUCAAAAACAGAUAAAUUUAUAUCAUAUUAUUAUUAAUAAAAUAUAAAGUGAAUUAGAGGAUCGAUGAUAUUGGCAAUUUUGAGAUAUCAAUAGCAUUUCGCUUGACAUAUAAAUUGUGCAGUUUUUACGGAUAAAAAAUAAACCGUUCAAGUAUAGCGCAUAGUUGUGACGCAGCUGGAAAAAAAAUUGAUUAAACAAUUGUACUACUAUUUAAUGCUACUUAAAAACGGAACACACGCAAUUUUCAACAAAACACCGUUGUCCUUCGUGUUACGACCACGUACGUUUGAAAAAUAUCAGAUCAUGCGUCGGUUUUAAACAUUGUUAUUAUUUAAAGUGUAUCUAUAUGUAUUUAAAUGCCAUACUAAUUAAUGUAAAUAUCACGAACAUAAAC